CUUUUUCCCCUACCGCAAUGCAGCUAUGUGUCGUUUCCGCUUUAUUUUUUUAUAGCCGACCGCUGCAGCGGAGAGAUAUAAUGUUCUCGCUCUAACAAAGUCUUCGGAUAGUUCUGUCUUUGUCUGGCGACAGCGGGGUGAAGAGGCUGAGGUACGUCGAGCAUUGGUGGGGUCCCGUCUCUCAUAGUUGUCUCGGCCGCCGCCACGGAUGCACGUGUUUCAACUAUUCCUUCGCGUACCUGUGUCACAGAGUAGUUGUACUUCCAGUGUUUCGUGACUGUACUGUGUGGAGUUUACAAGUGAUCGUAAAGUUAUCUCCAAAUGGUGGUGCUUGAAGACGGUGGAAUGAUGACUACCAAUCCAAACCAGUAUUUGCAGCCUGAUUAUUUAUCUCCACUUCAGUCUUCGAUGGAUUCCAAGAAAAGCCCACUUGCGCUUCUCGCGCAAACUUGCAGCCAGAUCGGCGCGGAUACGCUGCCGACGAAGCCUCUGCUUCCGUCGCUAGAUAAGAAGAAACCAGUGAACAGUGCUAACAGUGAACCAGUUAAUCGUUCAUCACCAACUAAUGCAACCAAAACGGAAAAACCGCGCUCUACCCCAGAUAAUAAACACUUAGCUUUCAAGCCUUAUGAAGCCAACGUUGUGUCAAAAAAGCCUGAAGAGACCCGUCCAUCAUCAAAAGCCAGUUCAGACAGUUCGGAAGAUAAAAAAUCAGGAAAAAGUACACCUGGACGAAAAUCGACCCCUCCAACCACUGAAAAUGGAAAGAGUAGUCCGUCUAACGAGCGAAAGUCUUCACCGGCUGGGUCAUCCGGAACUAGUCCAAUUAUUCGUUCCGGUUUGGAAGUAUUGGGACACGGGAAAGACCACUUGGGUGCAUUUAAAAAUUUACCUGGCUUACCUGGUUUCAAUCCAUUGGCCGGCUUGUGCUGCCCACCUGGAAUGGAGCAACAUGCUAACCCAGCCUUCAGACCGCCUUAUGCUGGAGCUCCAUUCAGUGCUCAUCAUGCAGCCAUGCUAGCAGCUGCUGCAGGUUUCCCAGGAUCUUCGCCAAAUCCAUACCUCGGCUACGCGAGAGUCAAAACGCCUGCCGGCGGUGAAACACUAAUACCUGUAUGCAAGGACCCUUAUUGUACUGGAUGUCAAUUUUCUGUCAAUAACCACCAUUUACUAAUGAGCAAUGGAUCAUGCCCGGCGGGAUGUACUCAAUGUGAACAUCAAAAAUACAAUCUGGCGAUGGCAAUGGCGCUGUCCCAGCAAGGCGCCACCGCCGGAGGUCUCCCAUACCCCCCACUAAGCCGCCCUUAUGUUUGCAAUUGGAUUGUUGGAGAAUCAUACUGCGGAAAGAGAUUUGGAAAUUCUGAGGAACUCUUGCAACAUUUGAGAAGUCACACAACUGAUGGUACAACACCAUCUACUGCUACUUCAACACAAGCAUCGUUGCUCAACCCACUCAAUCCUCUAUUUACCACUGCCGGUCUCCGAAGUGCGUAUCCGACGGCGCCUCUUAGUCCACUCUCAGCCAGUCGGUACCAUCCUUAUUCAAAGACUGGUCUCCCUGCUGGUCUCGGUGCCUCUCCUUAUGGUGCGUUCAAUCCCGCGUUAGGUCCUUUCUAUUCACCUUAUGCGAUGUACGGGCAAAGACUCGGUGCCGCCGCUGUUCACCAAUAAAUAAAUAAAUUAGAGUGUAGUGCAAAUCUGGACUGAUUGGACUGAUGUAUUUAAUGUUGUAUUGUCCAAUUUUCUUCUGUGAUAUUGAUAGACUCUAAUGAAACGUUCUGCGGUGUGUAUCGCUAUGACAAAUUUAGUGAAUAGUGCAAUUUUAAAUAGUUAUUUAUGUAAGUUAACUUGCCGACGGAGUUGCUUCUAAGCGAGUGAUGUCUGAGCAUUGUGAGGACUCUGUACAGCCAAAUGUUUGAUGUAAAUAAUAAUCUCUAUGUUUAAUAUUAAAUGAAAUAUUUCAAAUAUAAUGUCUACAUACCAAUGUAACAGAUUUUUUA